AUGUCGGGCGAGGAUAUUUUGGUGACGCGAUUUCGCGAGUACAUUCGUGUCAAUACGAUGCAGCCGAAUCCAGAUUACAAAAAGGCGGAAGAGUUUAUUAAAAAGUACGGCGAUGAGUUUGGCUUAGAAUUUUCGAAGCACGAAUGCGUCGAAGGCAAGCCAUGCAUCGUUUUGACUUGGAAAGGAAGCGAACCUCCUCUCCCCUCGAUUCUGUUAAACUCGCAUAUUGACGUUGUCCCGGUAUUUCCGUCUCAAUGGGAUCACGAGCCUUUUUCCGCUCACAAAACGGACGAUGGUUGGAUUUACGGGCGCGGCACUCAAGAUAUGAAAUGCGUCGGAAUUUGGUAUAUGGAGGCGAUUCGAGUGCUCAAAAAACAGAAUUUCACGCCGAAACGAACAAUUCACGUUCUUUGGGUUCCUGAUGAAGAAAUCGGCGGCCACGACGGAAUGGAGCUUUUGAUCAAAACCGACUUUUGGAAGAAUCUUAACGUCGGAUUCGCACUCGACGAAGGGCUUGCCAAUCCAGGGCCAGAAUACAUGCUCUACUACUCCGAACGAAUUCCCUGGUGGAUCGAGGUUACAGUCAAGGGACAGCCUGGACAUGGGUCGCAGUUUUUGCAUGAGACAGUCGGGGAGAAACUCAACAAGGUUGUCCAGAGUUUUAUGCAAUUCAGACAAGAAAACAAAUCGAAAAUGGAAGCUGGAAAUCUUCCUAUCGGCGAAGUAACAACUACGAAUCUGACAAUGCUUGAAGGAGGAGUUCAAUACAACGUCAUUCCGGACAAACUCAAGGUUGGCUUCGACAUGCGAAUCACUCCAACAACCGACCUCGUCGAACUCGAAGAAAAAAUGAACACCUGGUGCAGAGAUGCUUGCGGCAACGAUUACGAGAUCAAAUUCAUUCAAAAAUUCACGGACCCGAACAUUACUUGCGUCGAAGCUGGGGACAAGUGGUGGGACGCGUUUUCCUCCGUUGUUGAAGGAGAAUGCAACGCAAAGUUGAUCAAGACUAUUUUCCCAGCUGCAACUGAUGGAAGAUACGUUCGCUCGUGCAAGAUCCCUGUCUUGGGAUUCUCGCCCAUCAAAAACCAUCCGAUUCUUCUGCACGACCACAACGAACGAAUCCAUGAGUCCUGCCUUCUCGAAGGUCGAGAAAUCUAUGAAAAACUCAUUCCCAAACUCGCUUCUGUCGAGUAA